UCAGUGUCUCUCGGGGACUCUCAGCCCUCUCCCUCCUCCACUGUGCUGAUCAGCUUUUGCACUUAACUAUCAGGAACCAUGGCCCAACAACAGCAGAUUAGUCUACCUGCUAAACUGAUCAACGGAGGGAUUGCAGGCAUUGUGGGAGUCACCUGCGUGUUCCCAAUUGACCUGGCCAAGACCCGUUUGCAGAACCAGCGCAGUGGGCAGCAGCUCUACAGGAACAUGAUGGAUUGCCUGAUUAAGACCGUUAAAUCUGAAGGCUACUUUGGCAUGUACAGAGGUGCUGCUGUAAACCUUACCCUAGUAACGCCGGAGAAGGCAAUUAAACUGGCUGCUAAUGAUUUCUUUCGCCACCAGCUGAGCAAAGAUGGUGGUAGGCUCACAGUUGCCAAAGAGAUGCUGGCAGGAUGUUGCGCAGGAAUGUGCCAAGUUGUUGUCACUACACCCAUGGAGAUGCUCAAGAUUCAGAUGCAGGAUGCAGGCAGGCUUGUGGCCCAGCAGAGAGUGAUGCCUAGUAUGGUAACUACAAUGAAGAUGGGGGGGACCAGCGCUGUUCUCAGUCGCUCCUACAACACCGCCCAUGCACCUCAACCCAUGCGUGUGUCCGCCACAGAGAUCACCAAGGAGCUGCUGAGGACCAAAGGAGUCACGGGGUUGUACAAGGGACUCGGAGCCACACUGAUGAGAGACAUCCCAUUCUCCGUUGUGUACUUUCCCCUUUUCGCCCAUCUGCACCAACUCGGCCGGCAUUCACCUCAAGACCCAUCUGUGCCCUUCUAUUGGUCCUUCAUGUCUGGCUGCUUGGCUGGAUGUGUUGCUGCCGUGGCAGUCAGCCCUUGUGAUGUUGUCAAGACAAGGCUCCAAUCACUCAAGAAAGGAGCUAAUGAGGAGACCUACAAUGGAGUGGCAGACUGUGUCAGAAAGAUCCUGAGGAAAGAGGGUCCCAGAGCUUUCCUCAAGGGGGCCAGUUGUCGGGCCCUUGUCAUUGCUCCACUCUUCGGCAUUGCCCAGGUUGUGUACUUUGUGGGAGUUGGAGAGAUGCUGCUGGGCUACACCCCCUACAGCAUCUACUCUGCAUAGGCAACCUGUUUCAAGGCCUUUCUGCUGGCUCAUUAAAUUGAGGCAGCUUUGCCAUGGGUAUAGCAACAGAUCCAGCUGUCAUUUUUCUUUGAGGUUUACAGUAAAACGCUAAAGGGACCAGAAAUAUGCUAUUUUGUUUUUAAGAAAAUAAAAUAGUUUCCAGUUAUGCCUUUUAGCAUGUUUGUCUCUUACUGAAGAUGUUGAGGUUGAAGCCACCUUGUCUACGGGCUCAGUGAAGCUUAUAACAAGUGAACACAGUUGCUUCCUUCACAGGGAAUUGAUAGUCCAGCUUUUAUAACCAGAACAACCCGGACUCUCCUGUCUGU